CCUACUGUCACAAUACAAAAGUAACCUCAAAAAGCAUAUUUUGCUUUUAUUUCAUUUUACUACCAAAAUAAUUCAUAUUUUACGAGUUUUUGGAAAAGACCAAAGUUAUAAUCAUGAGCAUUAUAUUGAAAAGUAUCUCAAUAUUUUCUCAAGCACAAUUGGUAUCUCGUGCGUUAAGCAGCUCUUCAGUUUUGAGUUCGAAGCAAUGGCGAGUAGAGCGGGGCUUGUCUCGUAAUCGUAACGCUGAAGGAAUUCUUACCGAUACCCCGGACUUUACAUAUUUGGAUGGGCGACCAACUCCUCUACUGCAAAAACAAAAGAAGCGAAUCUUAAAGCAAAGAGAAAUGGCCGCUAAGAUAGUUGAAAUGUGUUCAGAACUCGACUUUGCUAAAGAGAGAUACCAGAAUAUGGAAGCUGAGAAAGAGCAAGAGAGACAGAGCAUCCUCGCAAACCGACUGAAGCCCAAAGGAACUGCUUUGAAUGAGAAAAAAUAGAUUUAUUAUAUAAUGUUAAUGUAGGCUAGCUGUAAAUAAACUUGUUGUUAGAUUC